CUCAGAUCUGGUUUCGCUGCUUCCCGUGGCGCACUGCCACAGGCUGAGCCACCAGCUGUGCUAUAUAAGGCCCAGAGGCCGGACCGCUGGAGAGGCAGAGACUUGGACCCCCCAGCUGAGGACUCCCGCUCAGGACACGGUCCCUGGAUCUGAGACGCUUCCUAGGGGACCACGUUCCAGGGACGGCCUGACGUGGUGAAGCACCUUCACUCAUCUUCCAUCAUGUUCCCCACAGAGCCCGGGGGAAAGAUGGUGGGGCCCAAGGCCUGGUUGCUCUUCUUCUUCCUGGGCCUGGAGAUCACCUCUGUGCUGGGGAGGCAGAUGAUGCUCACCCAGUCUGUGAGAAGAGUCCGACCUGGGAGGAGGACCCCCAGCAACUUUGCCAAGCCUGCGAGUCCCCUGGAGACUCCUGGCGAGUGGACAACAUGGUUCAACGUUGACCACCCAGGCGGGCAGGGUGACUUCGAGAGACUGGAUGCCAUUCACUUCUACUAUGGGGACCGUGUGUGUGCUCGGCCCCUGCGGCUGGAGGCUCGGACCACUGACUGGAUACCCGCGGGCAGCACUGGCCAGGUGGUCCACGGCAGCCCCCGUGAGGGCUUCUGGUGCCUCAACAGGGAGCAGCGGCCCGGCCAGAACUGCUCCAAUUACACCGUGCGCUUCCUCUGCCCACCAGGAUCCUUGCGCCGAGACACAGACCGGAUCUGGAGCUCAUGGUCUCCCUGGAGCAAGUGUUCUGCUGCCUGUGGUCACACUGGGGUCCAGACCCGAACACGCACCUGCUUGGCAGAGACAGUGUCACUGUGCAGCGAGGCCACUGAGGAGGGCCGGCUCUGUAUGGACCAGGCCUGUACAGCUUGUGACCUGAUCUGCCACAUGGGCCAGGCGAAUGCUGACUGUGAUGCCUGCAUGUGCCAGGACUUCGUGCUGCAUGGGGCCAUCUCCCUCCCUGGGGGUGCCCCAGCCUCAGGGGCCACUGUCUACCUGAUGACCAAGACACUGAAGCCACUGACCCGGACGGACAGUAGUGGGAGAUUCCGAGUCCCUGGCUUGUGCCCAGAUGGCAAAAGCACCCUGAAGAUCACAAAGACCAAGUUUGCUCCCAUCAAGCUCACAAUGCCCAAGACCAGCCUGAAGUCAGCCACCAUCAAUGCAGAGUUCAUGAGAGCAGAGAUUCCAUACAUUGUGAAGAACCCCGAGACAAAAGCACGGAGAGCUGGGCAGAGCGUGGCCCUGUGCUGUAAGGCCACGGGGAAGCCCAGUCCAGACCAGUAUUUCUGGUAUCACAACAACACGCUGCUGGACCCCUCCCUCUACAAGCACGACGGCAAGCUGUUACUGAAGAGCCUGCAGCGGGACCAGGCUGGGGAGUACUUCUGCAAGGCCCAGAGCGACGCGGGAGCUGUGAAGUCCCAGGUCGCCCAGCUGAUUGUCAUAGCCCCUGAUGAGGCUCCGUGCAACCCAACCCCUGAGAGCUACCUUAUCCGGUUGCCUCAUGAUUGCUUCCAGAAUGCCACCAACUCCUUCUACUAUGACGUGGGCCGUUGCCCUGUCAAGACCUGUGCAGGGCAGCAGGAAAAUGGGAUCAGGUGCCGGGAUGCUGUGGAGCACUGCUGUGGCAUCUCCAAAACAGAGGAGAGGGAGAUCCAGUGCAGUGGGUACACGCUGCCCACCAAGGUGGCCAAGGAGUGUAACUGCCAGCGCUGCACGGAGACCCGGAGUAUUGUGCGGGGCCGCGUCAGCGCUGCCGACAAUGGGGAACCCAUGCGCUUUGGCCACGUGUACAUGGGGAGCAACCGUGUGAGCAUGACGGGCUACAAGGGCACUUUCACCCUCCACAUCCCCCAGGACACGGAGAGGCUGGUGCUCACAUUUGUGGACAGGCUGCAGAAGUUCGUCAACACUACCAAGGUGCUGCCCUUCAACAAGAAGGGGAGUGCAGUGUUCCAUGAGAUCAAGAUGCUUCGGCGGAAAGAGCCCAUCACCUUGGAGGCCACGGAGACCAACAUCAUCCCCCUGGGGGAGGUGGAUGGUGAAGACCCUGUGGCGGAGUUGGAGAUCCCUUCCAAGAGUUUCUACAAGCAGAACGGGGAGCCCUACACAGGAAAAGUAAAGGCCAGUGUGACCUUCCUGGAUCCCCGCAAUAUUUCCACAGCCACGGCCACCCAGAGUGACCUGAACUUCAUCAAUGAUGACGGAGACACCUUCCCCCUUCGAACAUAUGGCAUGUUUUCUGUGGACUUCAGAGAUGAGGCCACCUCUGAGUCACUCAAUGCUGGCAAGGUGAAGGUUCACCUUGACUCGACCCAGGUCAAGAUGCCAGAGCAUGUGUCCACGAUGAAACUCUGGUCGCUCAACCCAGACACGGGGCUAUGGGAAGAGGAAGGUGACUUUAAAUUUGAAAACCAAAGGCGGAACAAGAGGGAAGAGAGAACCUUCCUGGUGGGCAACAUGGAGAUCCGAGAAAGGAGGCUUUUUAACUUGGAUGUCCCUGAAAGCAGGAGGUGCUUUAUCAAGGUGAGGGCCUACAGGAGUGAGAGGUUCUUGCCCAGUGAGCAGAUCCAGGGGGUUGUGGUCUCUGUGAUCAACCUGGAGCCCAGGACUGGCUUCUCAUCCAACCCCAGGGCCUGGGGCCGCUUUGACAGCGUCAUCACGGGUCCCAAUGGGGCCUGUCUGCCUGCCUUCUGUGAUGACCAGUCCCCUGAUGCCUACUCUGCCUACGUCUUGGCAAGCCUGGCUGGGGAAGAACUGGAAGCAGUGGCAUCUUCUCCUAAAUUCAAUCCAAAUGCAAUUGGUGUCCCUCAGCCCUACCUCAACAAGCUCAAGUACCGCCGGACAGACCAUGAGGACCCACGGGUUAAGAAGACGGCUUUCCAGAUCAGCAUGGCCAAGCCAAGGCCCAACUCAGCUGAGGAGAGCAAUGGACCCAUCUAUGCCUUUGAGAAUCUCCGGGCAUGCGAGGAGGCCCCGCCUAGUGCAGCCCACUUCCGGUUCUACCGGAUUGAGGGGGAUCGGUAUGACUACAAUACUGUCCCCUUCAAUGAAGACGACCCCAUGAGCUGGACUGAAGACUACCUGGCAUGGUGGCCCAAGCCGAUGGAGUUCAGGGCCUGCUACAUCAAGGUGAAGAUCGUGGGGCCAUUGGAGGUGAAUGUGCGAUCCCGCAACAUGGGGGGCACCCACCGACAGACUGUGGGGAAGCUGUAUGGCAUCCGGGAUGUCAAAAGCACACGGGAUAGGGACCAGCCCAAUGUCUCAUCUGCUUGUUUGGAGUUCAAGUGCAGUGGGAUGCUCUACGACCAGGAUCGUGUGGACCGCACGUUAGUGAAGAUCAUUCCCCAAGGCAGCUGCCAUCGAGCCAGUGUGAAUUCCAUGCUGCAUGAGUACCUGGUCAACCACCUGCCACUGGCAGUCAACAAUGACACCAGUGAGUACACCAUGCUGGCGCCCCUGGAUCCACUGGGCCACAACUAUGGAAUCUACACUGUCACGGACCAGGACCCUCGUGUGGCCAAGGAGAUCGCUCUUGGCCGGUGCUUCGAUGGCACGUCAGAUGGCUCCUCCAGAGUCAUGAAGAGCAAUGUGGGAGUGGCCCUCACCUUUAACUGCAUAGAGAGGCAGGUGGGUCGCCAGAGUGCCUUCCAGUACCUCCAAAGUAUCCCAGUCCAGACCCCUGUCCCCAGCACUAUCAGAGGAAGAGUGCCCACCAGGAGGCAGCAGCGGGCAAGUAGGGGUGGCCAGCGCCGGCCUGGAGGGAUGGCCUCCCUGAGGUUUCGUGGGGUUGCUCAGCAGCCUCUAAACAACUAAGUCUUGUGGUACUUCUCCCCCCACACCCCCGAACCUCACGUGACAGCUAUUGUGAGACUGACGCACAAACUGUCACUUGGUUAAUUUAAGCACAUCUGUUCUGGUGCAGUUUGCUUGUUUGUUUCUUCAUGCCUUUACUUACUGUCUUUGUCCCAUGAUACUGAUUGGCGCGUAGCCCCCAAAAUGGCAAAAUAAAGCCUCUUUGAUCUGUUCUUUAAAAGAAACACCAGAAAUUGGCCAUUGGCAAACUUUGUGGCUUUGACUGUUUUUCAUCUGGUGCCAUCAAUAGAAGUCCCCUUCCUUUUCUUUUUGCAUGGUUUUGCCCACCUUUACGAUCAUGAUAAUCUGAAGUUGAAGGUGAAGUAACCAAUAUAAAGUAUACUUCCUGGUCUUGCUCCACAGGACGUAAGCAAGGUCUUCAUCACUGUUCAUACAUAUAAAUGGUGGUAAAAUAAAAUAAUAAACUCCAAUAUUUUUACUUGAAAUGUAAAUAAGUUAUUUCUUUACUGGAUCUGGAACUCUUAGUGCACAUUUCAUGUUAAGCUAUUGACUAUUGGGUAAUUUCUCCACUGAGUCUGGAAAGUACAUCUCGUAUCCAAGGCACCAGGUCGGUAAUUACAUUAGCACGUUUCCCUUUACAUUUGCUUUUGUCCUUGCUAGAAGCCCAGUGCAGCUCAGAGCAGACGUCGAUAAAUGUAUGUUUUGUACUUGAUUUUGAGACCACUAUCCUGUCUUUGAACCCAGCUGCUCAGGGAGAAGAGGGGACUCUGGAAAGUGAUCACAGGGUGGCAUGAGCCGCUGCCCCCGUAAGUGGCAGGGCUGGGGAAUUAGACACACACUCCACGGUCGAGUUUGCACUCGUGGAUCAUAUUUUCCACUCACAGAGAAGAGCAGAGAUUCCUGGAGCUGUGAGCAUGUUCUGGACUCCUGAGCAAAGCUAAACACAUGUCCCAAUAUGGUUUUUUCCCUUUCUUUCCAAUACUGGGAAACGUAUACAAUGGCUUGGCCAAGUGGUCUUUCAGCAACCCCCACAGCCUGCUGCCUUCUCCAGCUGGGCUGGCUGGCCUCACUCAGAAAUUAUGGACUUUGUCUUCCUUCCUUCCUUCCUUCCUUCCUUCCUUCCUUCCUUCCUUCCUUCCUUCCUUCCUUCCUUCCUUCCUUCCUUUCUCUUUUUCUUUCUUUUUUCUUUUUCCCCCCCCCUCCAAGCUCUUCUAAAGACAUCCACCUUUUCCAGACACCAGAUUUCUAUUGUGUGACAGCCCCUGUUCCUUGAGUAAAACAACUGGCCCAAAUGAAUAGGGCUUUGUUUUUGGAAAAGAGGUUUGGUUUAAAAUAGUAAAUCAGAGGCUGGCGGAUGGUUCCAAAGUGAUCUUGGAGACAUGGACAGUCAGGGCAGAGGGGUGUGGGGUUGGGUAAGAUGCACUGACUGCCCCUCUCCCAAUCCCUCCUGUCAGGAAAGAGGCCAUGGGGAUCGGGAGAGGAAAGAGCGUUAUUCAUAAUCAGGACAAAAAGCUUUCCUUGAUCCCCUGGCUGGCCCAGUGCAGCUCCUUUUGGCCGCCUCUGGCCUGGACUGGAUUUGUACUCUUGGAUCAGUAUCUGCCCAACUCUCAGGGGUUUGGUUCAUAAUCAAUUAGAAAUGUCUCUGGCGGAGCACCCCUUCCCCAUGACCUCUGAGAAAGGGAGCGCAUGCAGGGUUGGGCCCAGUGGCUUAUGAUUGAUUGCUCCUUGACUCACUUCCAGACAAUGCUUCCCAGGGAGCAGCUCUCACUGACUGCUUGGGGGUGGGGCUUGACUGACCUUCCCAAACGGUCGGUGUUCAACUAUCUGCAGCACAGACGCCUUGCCAUACUGCUUUAGGAGUCAGUGCGUGCUGCUUCAACCUUCCACCCGUUCCCUUCCAGCUCACGGGAGGGGUGCUGGGAGAGUGAGCUGGCUGGGCUCCCACCUCAUGACCUUCCCUUUCUGUUCUUCAUUGAGGGCCUGAAUAACUGGACUCCAGCAGGUGGCAGCUGGCACCUGACUUCUUCACUUGCCAAACAUUUAUUGAGUACCUAUCUACUCUAUGCCAAGCCAUGUGUAUAGGCGGACUGGAUUGUAUGAGUAUAUAAAAUAUACCAUACAUAGUGGCACUACCACUUGAGGUGGUAGUCAGAGGGGGCUUCUUGGAGGAGGUGACAUCUAAUUUAAGGACUAAAUGCUAGCUAGGAGCUUAAGCUGUGGCUGUCAGGAGCAAGGAGCACAAGCAGAAACAGCUUGGAGGCUAGGAGGGAAGGGCAAAUACCUCGCCUUCAGAAAAGGAAACACUGUUGAGCUCAUGGCACCUACUUUCUAAGCCUCUUGCUUCCAAAGACAGGUGUGCUGCCUGCUAGCUGCAUGACUUUGGUCCAUUUCCCUGGACCUCAUUUUCCCUCUCUAUAAAUGAAAGAGUUGGUUAUACACUAAAACUAAUACAAUAUUAGAGGUAGAAGAGGGUGUAGGGGGAUAAAUGGUAAUGGGGAAAAUAUUUAAAAAUAAAGAAAAAAACUAAUAUAAUGUUAUAUGUCAAUUAUAUCUCAAUAGCUUUUUUGCUUUUUUUUUUUUUUUUUAAGUGAAGGAGUCAGUCUAGCUUAGAAUCUAAACCAUCUCUAAAGUCCUUUCCAUGAUUUUCAGUGAGGCUAAGAGCACAGUUCCCAGGAUGCCUUCGCUUGACCAAACUGCUGAUGACUCACCGGGUGUUUCCCUCCCCCGUGGAGACUCUGCACACUGGAUGGACAAAACGUUCAUUUCAGAAAAACCCUGGGGUUUCGGUCCCAGCCUGCUGUAUACUGGCUGGUCACCCAGUUACUGAGCAUGAACUGUAUGGGGAUGGAAAGCAGAUGGUAGGCAGGAAGGGCACAGGCCGAAAGAGAGCAGGGCCAAUCAGGCUGCUUCUGCUCCAACCAAGGGAGUGUUCCAGGCAGGAAUGCUCUCUAUAGUUUGGAGAACUCUAGCAGCUAGGGUGAUAGAGCAAAAUGUCAGUGAGAUAUCAGGACAAGAACAGAGUCUUGAAAGAUUGAGAAAAUUUAAACAAGCCAAGUUGGAGGCAGUGCAGGGAUAGGUGGUUUCCAGUAUAGUGAUUGGCCAGAGCAAAGGAAUGGAGGUGGGGCUGAACACUGGAAGGCUUUUAGUUACAAGUAACUGGGGUGCCCGUAGACAACAGGAAGGACUGGAACCAGGAACCGCAACGCCAUUGAAUCCAGGCCAUCACUCUCUCUGGUUUUGAUUCUCUCAUUCCCUCACACUCAGUGGUUUUUCUCUCUCUGUCUCUAACCCAAUCUUGCUCUGCUUCUCAGAUGGGCUCUCUGACUGUUUCUCCCUCCUCUUUCUAGGUCUCUCUCUGGUCAGCCUAUUUCGCAGUCUCUUCUUCUUGCAGGCACCCUUAGAUUCUCUUUGCAGAUCAGCUAUCUUGCUCGCCUGGAUUCAUAGAAGAGGUGGCCGUUUCUCAAGUCAAAGAAGAGUCCUGUCCUAAGCCCAGAUUCCUUGGAGGGAGAAUCUGAUUGACUCAGUUUGAAAUGGGGCUCCACCUCUGGUCUAACCAACUGUGGCUAUAGUUGAGGGUGAGGGGCUUGCUUAGGGGCAGUCCUAUUAGUCAUGGUUGCUGAGGAGAUGGGGCAAUUCUUAGAGAAAAGGAAUCCUGGCGAACUGGGAGACACUGCAAAAGGUGACUACUUCAGGUGACAGUGAACAGAUCAUUGUGGGCUUACCAGAAGUUUAGUGUUUUUCAUUUCCAAACAUCAAGGGAUUUUAAACACAUCAAAUGAGAUCUGUGCGGUACCUGCUAUUUGAAAUCCGAUGUCUUGCUUCAAGACUUAGCAGUUGAUCAGUUUUUGUAGUUUCCAUGUGCAAUUGAAAAAAAACAAAAAGUGUAUUCCCUAAUCAUUGAGUGCAGGUUUCUACAUAAGACCAUUAACUCAAAUUGUUAAUUGUUCUGUUCAGUAAGUAAGGAGUGUGUUGAGAUUGUCCACUAGAUGAUGCACUUGUCCAUUUCUCUCUGUGAUCCUCAAUUCGGCUUUAUAUAUUUGGAGGUUAUUUUAAUGGUUGCCUAUUAUGUAUUGAAUUUUUAUGCUUCUUGUAAGUUGAAUCUUUUAUUGUUAUAUGUAUAACUAUGUUGUUUGUUCCCAUAAUGCUUUUUUGUCUUAAAGCCUAUUUGGUAUAAUAAUAUAUCUCCAAAUUUUCUUUUGGUAUUUGCUCACUAUAUCUUUUAACAUCUUUUUGCUUUUAACCUUAUUUAUCAUUUUUUUUUUGUUAUUUUGUUCAUAAGGUUCCACAUAUAAAUGAAAUCAUAUGGUAUUUGUCUUUCUCUGACUGGCUUAUUUCACUUAGCAUAGUACCCUCCUGAUCCAUCCAUGCAAUUGCAAAGGGUAAUAUUUCCUUCCUUUUUUUUAGUGGUGAGAUAGUACUCCAUUAUGUAAAUAUACCAUAGCUGUUUUAUCCACUUAUCUACUGAUGGGCACUUGGAUUGCUUCCAAAUCUUGGCUAUUGUAAAUAACACUGCAAUGAACAUAGGGGUGCAUGUAUUCUUUCGAAUUAGUGUUGUGGAUUUCUUUGGAUAUAUUCCCAGAAGUGGAAUCACUGGGCUUCUGUGUCUUUUAAAAACGUGUUUCUUAAAAACCGUAUAUAGCUGAGUUUUAGUUGAUCUAAUCUAAUAAUCUGUCUUUUGAAUAGCGAGUCUCGUAAAUAUAUAUGAUAAUUA